AUGAUUAUGAGUCAUUCUUCUGUUCGCAAUUCACGACCUACCCAGGUUGCAUAUCAACCUUCGUCAAAGGAAACUCUUACAGACCGUAAAACAACAAGGCGGAGGAAUGCUAUGUAUUCGGAAAAUUCAGAAUUGAACAAUUAUCAGAAUCGUCCUUCAGCAGUAGGCCUUUCUCCUGCACCAACAUUUUACCCUACCGAUGAAGAAUUCAAAGACGCAAUCAGAUAUAUUCAAAAAAUUACACCAGUUGCAAAAGAAUUUGGAAUUGUCAAGAUAGUACCUCCUAGUGGCUGGAAACCAUCGUUUGAAUUGGACAUGGAUAAAUUUACUUUUCGUGCAAGACGCCAAGAUUUACGGAUGAUGGAUUUAGGAUUCCGGGAAUCUGCAGCAUAUGAUGAACGCGUGUACAGGUAUUUUUGUAAUAAAGGCAUUGAGCUUCCACAAAUAUUUAUAAUCGCUAACACCACGGUGGAUCUAUAUCAAAUACGAAAUUCUCUCGAACGCUUAGGAUUUUCAAAAGGAGCAGCAAUUCCAAAGGAGUGUUGGAGAAGGGUACUUGUAUCUAUGAACUUACCAAAUACUUCAGGGGCUGAGAAGGAAAUAAUGACCAUCUACUCGAAAUACAUUGCUCCUUUUGAAGAGUACGUUGCUACAUUGUCAUCCGAUGCAAAUAAGUACCAACCUCUUUUUACAAAAGUGGAGGAUAACGAAUUACCGCUUACCGAUAAGUCGUCAAGGAAACAAAAAAUAGAAGAUGUUUCAUUUCGUAGAUCUUCGAGGAAAAAAUCGGACUCAGUAGAAGAAACUACUACUCAGAAACACAACGGAGGGAUGAAUGCGGCGAGGAAGAAACGCGCAAAAACAUGCGAAAGCUGUCAAAGAAAAAUUGAUUUUUCUGUUGAAUGCCUUGGUAAGGAGUCAUAUUGUAAAGAUUGCAUCCUAACCCCUCAUGUAUUUGGUUUUGAAAUGGGUGAUGUUUAUACUCUUUCCGAGUUUGAAAAGAAAUGUGAUAAUUUCAAGACUGAGUAUUUUUCAAAAUUUGAUACGCAAACGCUUAUAAGUGACGAAUUAGUGGAAGCAGAAUAUUGGAAGUUAGUAAAAAGUAAAGAAGAAGCCUAUGAGGUUGAAUAUGGCGCCGACUUAUCUACCAUGGACAAGGGGAGUGCCUUUCCACACUGGCGGAAAACACCAAAAAAUCCAUAUUCAAGAGACCCAUGGAAUCUGAACGUUUUAGCUUCUUCGAAUGGCUCUUUACUUCGAUACGUUGAGAACGCAGUUUCUGGAAUUACGUCUCCUUGGCUAUACAUCGGAAUGUGCUUUUCGACGUUUUGUUGGCACGUAGAGGAUAAUUAUACAUAUUCAGCAAACUAUCAGCAUUCUGGUGAAACAAAGCUUUGGUAUGGUAUUCCUGGUAAUGAUGCUUCUAAGUUUGAGGAAGCAGCUCAUGAAAUAGCGCCCGAUUUAUCUUCCUCUCAGCCUGAUUUAUUAUACCAGCUUGCUGCUAUGGCUAAUCCGAAAGAGUUGACGAAAAGGGGAGUUAAAGUAUAUUAUGUGGACCAGACUCCAAACGACUUUGUCGUCACUUUUCCAAAGUGCUUUCAUGGUGGUAUCAACCUUGGAUUUAAUAUUAAUGAAGCUGUUAAUUUCGCUCCCAAAAAUUGGCUUUUGGAUGGUUACUCGUUGGAAGGGGCUCUUAAGUACCAAAGCAUUCUUAAACCGGCAGUACUUUCGCACGAUCGUUUAAUUUAUAAACUCGCUACAAAAAAUACUGAUGUGGUAGCGUAUGAAGAGCUUCUACCUUGUCUUCGCGAAGCAAUUACGAGGGAGCAAAGCGAACGUAGCUUUAUAAGAAAACAAUAUCACUUGAACGAGGCUUUGGUUCGUGAACCUCUGAAAACAGAUGAGCAAUGGCAAUGUGUGUAUUGUAAUGCUUAUUCUUACUUUUCAAAAAUUGUCUGUCCUUGCACGUCUUUAGUUGCUUGUACAAAACAUAUGGAAAAACUUUGUGAUUGCAAAAUUGAAAAGAAGACCUUGCAAAUACGAAUACGUGAUACCGAAUUGUUGAACUUGCUAAAUUUGAAACUCCCAAAACUUUCUUGA